GUAAGCUGUGCUAGAAAUGGAAGAAGAAGGACAAAAUCUUGUGCAAGGAAACAUGAACUUGAUCGAAAAAGAAGAAACACCACCAUCCACAACAAACCAGUUGGAGCUUACAGUAGAUGAAGUGAUGGAAGGGCAUGUAGGAUCAUUUGGGUUCUCACAGUUGCUACAUGUGUUCUUGGUUUCAUUGGCAUGGAUGUUUGAUUCCCAAAACACAUUGAUCACCAUCUUCAGUGAUGCUCAACCACCCGCUUGGAGGUGCAAAAACAUCGGUCAUGGAGUUAAUAACAGUUCUAAUGCAUCAUUCUGCGUUAGUGGUGAAAGAAAAGGAAGAGGUUCUGUGUGUGGAUUUGAGCCAGGAACUUGGGAGUGGGUUGGCGGAAAUACUAGCUCCACCAUUGCAGAAUGGGGUCUCAUUUGCGACCGCAAGUUCCUCGCUGCACUCCCCUCCUCACUUUUCUUCGUCGGCUCGCUUUUAGGCUCUAGUAUGUAUGGUCGCCUAGCCGAUUCAUUCCUGGGGAGGAAAAGAGCAGUGUUACUCUCAUGCCUCUUAACUUCUGUAACUGCUUUUCUCACUUCCCUAUCACCAAAUGUAUACAUAUAUGCAUUCCUACGUUUCGCCAAUGGUUUUUCUCGAUCCGGUAUCGGAAUGUGCUGCCUUGUUCUCUCCACAGAAGCUGUUGGACGCAAAUGGCGCGGUCAAGUUGGGCAAUACGGGUUCUUUUUCUUCACCGCAGGCUUUCUUUCCCUCCCCUUGAUUGCCUACCCUACAAGGGCUUGUUGGAGAAACUUGUACAAGAUCAUUUCACUUCUUCCUCUUGCUUACUCACUUCUACUACUCCCUUAUGUGUCCGAGUCUCCACGUUGGCUCCUCAUCAGGGGACGGAGCAAGGAAGCCCUUGAAGUUCUGAAUAAGUUGGCAAGACUUAAUGGAAAGAAACUGCCAGAAAACCUAAGUCUUGUAAACCCAUCUGCGGCUAAAGAAGGAGAAGAAGAAGAUGAAGGUGUUAGAGAUAGUCUGUGGAGUACAAAAUGGGCAGCGAAAAGGAUGAUAAUGGUUAUGGUAGCUGGAUUUGGAGUUGGUUUUGUUUACUAUGGGAUUCAACUUAAUGUUGAGAACCUAAAUUUCAAUCUGUAUUUCUCAGUCGCACUCAACGCACUAAUGGAGAUUCCUGCAGUCUUCAUUGGCAGUGUACUCUUGAGCUUCACGAACCGGCGUCUGCUCUUCUCUCAGUCUGCAUAUUUAGCUGGAAUUUCAUGCAUUCUCUGCAUCAUUUUCUCUCGAAGAGGCCACGGAAAGACAGAUCAUAAAGCUGGCGGGAGUUGGCCUCAACUGACUCUUGAAGCAGUAGGAUUCAUGGCUGCUUCAACGGCAUUUGAUGUUUUGUACAUAUACUGCGUCGAGCUCUUCCCCACCAAUGUAAGAAACUUUGCGGUCUCAUUGUUGCGCCAAGCGCUCAUGCUGGGGGCAUCAGUAGCACCAAUGCUGGUUGUUCUCGGACGCGUGAGCCCUUCUCUUUCCUUCCUCAUAUUCGGGAUCUUGUCUAUCUUAAGUGGAAUCGUAAGUAUGUGGCUUCCAGAGACAAAGAAUGCUCCUCUCUAUGACAACUUGAAGCAGCAGGAAGCAGAGGAGAAACUAAGUUGUCAAACAGGCAAUUCAGAUGUUGAACUGGGAACCAGAUCAACUUCAGCAUAGAAGCUGAUACUUGUAAAAGUAUCUUUGCUCUUGACUUGGAAGGAGGUUUCAAUUGUAUAAAUGGUUUGAAGUUUGUUCCACCUUCUUUUUGUUAUUUUGUCCAUAAAAAUGUAUAAAAUCAGUGUGUCAAUAAACUUCCUCUUCCUCUUCAUUCAUAAAAAUCACUUUUCACACGAUAAUUGAAUGAAUAUAACGAAAACACGUCAAUUGAGCUAGAAGUUUUAGUGGUAGUAAACAAAACAAUGGAGCAAAAUAGAAACCCAUUCAACCAAAAAUUUGUUUCAUUCCAUCCACAUAUAAUUAGGGCUUUUGAAAGUAUCCACACCAUGAACCCAACAGCAACAAAAGCCCGGUAAGAGACAGCACAAGACUUAACAAAGUCCCACACCGGUUUUUCUCUCAAUUUUUUUUUCUUUUUUCUUUUCUAAAAUUCAGGCGCGUAAAGGCGGAUAUUUUCUCUCAAUAUUUGUUUAUGGUUUAGGUAUCUUUUUGUUACUCUCUCAACCUUUCCCGCACUUUACUCUCCCAACCUCUCCCGCACUUCCUCAGCAAACCCUAACAUCUGGUUUAUGAAAAUAACCAUGGCUCGAGAGCAAAUUUUUUCAGAUAUACGUUUUUUGCUUUCCAUUUUUCUACUUGAGCCGUCUUCUUCCAUUCCAAAGCAUCGAUAUACUGACAAACUCCAAACAGGUUCAAAAUUUCUCAAAAGAAAGAGAAGUGAAAGAAUGGACACCAUAGAUUCAGUGUUCAAUCCGCUCAGAGAGUUCGCCAAAGACAGUGUUCGCCUUGCGAAGAGGUGCCACAAGCCUGAUCUCGAAAGUAACUUUUUGAUUUUGAUUUCUUCCAAUUGAACGGUUGGUGGUUGCUUCUAGUGUGCUGAUAUGAUGUGGAUUUUGAGCGUCAUGGUGCGUUUUUGUAUUCUGAUGAUGAGAGUUCGCCAAAGACAGCGUUCGCCUUGCGAAGAGGUGCCACAAGCACGAACUCGAAGAAAUCAUGAAGCUGGCGUCCCGUACAGCAUAGGGUUCGUGGCAUGGGAUUCUUCGGGUUCUUCGUGAAGCUGAUCUUCAUCCCGAUCAACUACAUCAUUGUUGGAUCUCGCUAGAUGAAAUCUUCAAAAUAUGCAAUGUGAUAGGCAGCACAACCAUUGGACAUGUGCUUUGAUGCGAUGCACUAAUCUUGUGAGGGCUGUUAAAUACCUGUUCCACUGGUCCGUUCCCCCCCACCCCUAUAUUUUCUCUGUGCAAGUUAACUUUAUACAACUGAAUACACUGUCCUCCCGAUGCAUUGUAUGGCCAUCUGCUUGCUUAGAUACCAUCAGCAAGUGAGGAUGUAAGCAACCUUAUUAGUCAGUUUACAUGGCAAACUCUGUAGUUGGCUAACCUGAGGCCUUCUGACCUGUGUGUUUCCCUCUCCACUUUUGGAAAAUGUUUAGUUUGUUCCUGAGACCUCAGCCAGAUGCCCUCAGCUGCAGAGACCCUUUUUAAUCUCUUUUUUUCCAGGUACCUUUUGUGUGCUAUGUUUAGGUGCGGAUGAAUAACAUCUAUAUAAUUUGUUUCUUUAGUUUCCAUUGUGAUGAUGUAUUACCCCAUUCAUUGAUUGCGUUGACUAUGAUUCUUUGUUGUAGCGUGGUUGCUUUUAUGUUCUGCCGUCACUUUGUUCCAGAACAUCUGCGACAAUAAAACCCCCCGUUUGGUUUGUUAUUUUUGUUACAGAGUCCCUUUCAUCCUUCUUCUCGGAUUCUCCAUUGUAUGGAAUGUGUAGAAACCUAAUUUCUUUGUUACAGGUGGACAAGGGUGGGCCUGGAACAAGCAAUAUGAAAGGAUAUACCAUGGUGCUUUAUCAAAGUCAAAACUCACA